UAUUUGUGACUGUUUAUUUUCAUCUUAGAAAAAUGUCUGGAAUAAAAAAUUUAUUGCAACAAGAGUGCUUUAGUGAGGAAGAAUAUAAAAUAUUGAGUGUCCUUAGUGUCUGCAAAUUAAAUGCAAAGAAAUCUCGUGCAACUAGUAUAUUGGUUUUUGUCCAACAAAAUGAAUCAAAUUUCUUAUCGAUUGUCGAAGUUAAAAUUGGAGAAAAUAAGGAAUUUAAGAAGAAAAGAAGCUGGUUACUGGAUGAAUUUAAGUCAAUAGAUGUUAAAACCAAUAAGCAUGAGUUUGAAUUUGUCACAGAUGCUCGUUAUCAGUUUGCUUCUAUAUUAUUAAAUGAGAAACAAAGUUUUUUAACAAUGGUUUAUAAAGCUAUACAAAAAAGUCCACUGAUAAAUAAUAAAGCAAUAUUUAAAAACAUUCCCGAGUCAUGGAAAGUAGAUGACGAUUUCGUUGUUGACAUUCAAUCCAGUAAAAAGCAACAGAAUGAUGAAAUUAGUUCAGCUAUAGAAUUUGAUGAGCAUAAAGAGCUUUCGGAACUGGAAGUUUUGUUGGAAACUGACAGUCAAAAAUGGCUAGGAAAAGAUUCUAAUUCAGUGAUCAGAAAUGCUGAUAAAUUUAUAGAGUAUUUGACAUCAAACUUGAUAGAAUUAGAUGGUGCAAAUGUUGAAAGUAUUCUCACAUCAAAAGCAGAAGAAAAAGUUAUAUCAUUAAUUCAGAUAAUUGAUUCAGCUAUAGACGAAGUUGAAUGUGUCGAGAGAACAUUAAAUGAGUAUGAAGAAAUUAUGUCCCUAAUCAGAGAAUCAAUGGAAAAGAUGGGAGAAAAGAAUUCCAUGAUUGAGAUUGCAAAUAAAAAUAAUUUAAAGCUUCUUCAAGAGCUUGAAAAGCUCAUAAGUCAAUUAGAUAUUGGACAUAUUCAUCAGCUCGCUCUUACGGAAACUGAUUUGACGACAAUAAAAGGGAUUCAAGCUGCAAAAGAUUCAGGAAAGGUUCUUCUCAAUGCAAUCUCUGCAGACAUUGAUCCAGCACUUAUUCGUCUAAGUGCUGUUCAAGAUCAGAGGAAAAGAUUUGAUAAAUGGAAAUCCAAAUUUUGCAGUACAAUCACAAGACACUUGAAUAAUUUAUUUAUUCAUUUGGGCAACGAUUUAGGAGAGCAUCAAGCAUCAACCGUUGAAAUUAAAUUAUCCAAACAUAAUCAUCAUAAAGAAUUGAGUCCUUAUCAAGAAUUGAUGCAUUUACUAAAAGUAAUGGAUAUGAGUUCAUAUGACGCAUUGUCAAAAGUAUAUACAGGCUCAUUAAGUAAAGUUUAUGAGAGAGAUUUAAGACAAUUCUUUGAGCAAGCAAAGUAUAAUGUUACAAAAAAUCACAUAAAUGAUGAAUUAAAUGUGUCGACAUCAAGCAAAACUAAAGUGCAAAUUGUCAAAGUACCAGUAUAUGGAAUACUUGGAAUACCUAAAGAGCAAUGGUCUUUAAUAUUAGUAGACACUAAUGAAAGGAAAAGAUUUGAUGGAAUAUUAGAAAAAGUUCUAACCGAAAUCGAUCCUGUGGCUUUAAAUGAACAAAUUUUUUGCAUUAAUUUCUUCCAACUUGAUGCGUUAAGUCCCACUUUAAAUGUUAAAAGCUUGCCAUUUGCAGUAACAACGCCCAAUAAAGAGACAACUCCAUCACUACAACCCAGGAAAAUUAAUGACGAAGUCAGAAAGAUGAUGGGAGAAUUGUUUGGUAUUUUGGAAAGUGAACUACUCAGCUUUAUCUUAAAUUACGAAAAACUAGAUCCUUUUUACUCUUUGUACGUUUUUGUUCGUUUAAAUCAGCACGUCAUGACUGCACAAGAUGCUCAAUCCUUCUUGAGUAUGACCUAUGCUUCCGUUCUCGUUCAAGUGAAGAGAAACUUUGAUAAGUUUAUGCAACUUCAAUUACAAUCCAUUCAAGAAGCGAAAGUUCCCAAAAGAAGUAAAUGUGGAUUGUUAUGUUUUGUAGAAAAUUUUGAGGAAUUUGCUGCUCUUAUCGAAGGUAUUUUCAGGAAAAGUGAAAGACGAACUGAUUUAGAUAAGUGGUAUGUCAAAAUUGUUGACGCUAUAUUUCAAGCUAUUAAUCAACUUUCAUUGGAGCAUUCAAAAACACCAUCACAAGUUGUUAAAAUGGAAAAUUAUCAUCAUAUGCAUUCUCAAUUAGCACGUCUUAAAGUCACUCCAUUAGAAAAUUUAAAAAAGGAAGCGAAAUACCGAUAUAAUGAAGCUCUAAGAGCAUACGUCAUUAAAUAUUUCGGUAGACCUUUAGAGAAAUUAAACCAAUUUUUCGAUGGCGUUCAAAAUAAAGUAUCACAAGGGAUCAAAGAAUCUGAAAUAAGUUAUCAAUUAGCCUUUUCAAAGCAAGAAUUGCGGAAAGUUAUAGCUCAGUAUCCUCAACGAGAAGUUAAGAAAGGCUUAGAAAAUCUAUAUAAAAAGGUAGAGAAGCAUCUUUGCGAGGAAGAGAAUUUACUUCAAGUUGUUUGGAGAGCAAUGCAAGAAGAAUUUUUGGCACAACUUUCACAAUAUGAAGAGUUUGUUGCUAGAUGUUAUCCAGGCUCAAUGAUUGCAUUAGAUUUUACAAUUGAUGAAAUACUAAGCUUCUUCUCAGAAAUUGCAAGAUCGCAUUAAAACUAUAUAUACACACUCACAAAUUUAUCGCUAUUAAUUAAAAGUUAUACUUUACUAAUGUCUAAAGAGGAAAAAAUGUAAAAUAAAAACAAGACUAUUUAAUGAUCCA